UGUAUGGAGUCACGACGCACGACGCAGUGCACUUCGUCAUGACCUGAAGUGAAUCACGAUGGGAUUUCUUUAGUGACGUUAUAUUUAGGUUGGGAGCAAUUAGGCAUGGCUCGUGCGUGCUGCAUAUUUAACAGCAGCUGUCGCACUGACACCACUUUUGGCUGCAACUCAUUUUAUUUUUAGUAUCAUUUUUCAUCCAAAGCUUUGCUCCUGCAUAUUUCCACGGAGUGAGGAGUGCGUGACUGAGUGCGCCUGUGAAGUCAAGAGUGUGCGGAUUUAUAGGGGAGGACGCUCAUUUCUUAUUAGUGCACCUGUGGAAGCCUGCAAGAAGAACACCGUGGACGUCUUUUGUUUUUCUUUUACCACACGCGUUUUAGUUUUAGGGGCUCUGCUGCAGCGUAAAGCGUCUCCCGGAUGCGCGUCUGGAUUUCAGCACCACAUCAGCGUUGAACAGCUCCGGGUGGACGCGUGUGGAUGGGCUCUGUCUGUCUCCGUGUCUCGAGCAGCUCCUAAGUAUCGGCAACAAUGGCACAACAGGGCUUCUGGUCUCUUGGUGGAGAUAAUGCGGGGGCCAACACCGGGAAUCAGAGCCCCAGCACGCCCAGGGCUUGGUGCCAAGCGGCGGCCUCGAAAUUAUCCGGAGGACUUGGAUCUAAAUUAUGUGCUCUUCUCAAUGUCGGAGAAUUGGAGAAAGGCGCCGAGCCGGCCGCCAAGCAGCCGCCGGAGACAGAGACUGCUGCCUGCGGCUGCAACAAAUCCUGCAAAUGCACCAAAGCUUCUGUGGUCUUCUCCGACCUCUAUUCAACAGACCUGUUACCUGCCAUGGACAGUGACGCCAAAACAAUGAUCUUCCUGCAGGAAGUUGUGGAUAUUUUAAUGGCCUACAUCGUGGAGUCUUUCGACCGGGACACGAAGGUUAUUGAUUUCCAUUAUCCGAACGAGCUGCUCCAGAAGAAUAACUGGGAGCUUCAGAGCGAGCCGGCCUCCCUGGAUGAGAUCUUGAUCAGCUGUCGCGCCACCCUCAAAUACGCCAUCAAAACAGCCCAUCCCAGGUACUUCAAUCAGCUCUCUACAGGAUUAGACAUGGUUGGACUGGCAGCCGAUUGGCUAACAUCCACUGCCAACACCAAUAUGUUCACCUAUGAGGUGGCUCCUGUCUUUGUGCUGCUGGAAUACGUCACUCUGAAGAAGAUGAGGGAAAUCGUUGGCUGGAAGGAUGGGCAGGGAGAUGGCAUUUUCUCUCCUGGUGGGGCUAUUUCUAACAUGUAUGCCAUGCUGCUCGCUCGCUUCAAGAUGUUCCCUGAAGUGAAGGAGAAAGGAAUGUCAUGCGUUCCCAGACUGGCGGCCUUUACAUCCGAACAUAGUCAUUUUUCAAUCAAAAAAGGUGCAGCGGCUCUUGGCAUCGGGACGGAGAGUGUGAUCUGCAUUAAAGUAGAUGAAAGCGGUCAAAUGAUCCCAGCUGACCUUGAGAGGAGAAUACUGGAAGCCAAAAAGACGGGAUUGGUCCCUUUCUUUGUCAGUGCAACGGCUGGAACCACAGUGUACGGAGCCUUCGACCCUCUCAUUGCCAUUUCUGACAUCUGCAAAAAGUACAACGUGUGGAUGCAUGUGGAUGGAGCGUGGGGAGGAAGUCUCCUCAUGUCCAGGAGACACAGGUGGAAGCUGGACGGAGUUGAAAGGGCCAACUCAGUGACAUGGAACCCACACAAGAUGAUGUCUGUCCCUCUGCAGUGCUCCGCCCUGCUGGUCCGAGAGGAGGGCCUGAUGCAGAGCUGCAACAAUAUGCACGCCGUCUACCUGUUCCAGCAGGACAAACACUACGACCUCUCCUACGACACCGGGGACAAAGCGCUGCAGUGCGGACGCCACGUGGACAUCUUCAAGCUGUGGCUCAUGUGGAGAGCUAAGGGCACCAUUGGGUUUGAGGCUCAGAUUGAUAAGUGUUUGGAGUUGUCUGACUACCUCUACAACAAGAUCAAAGACAGAGAAGGAUACGAGAUGGUCUUCAAUGGAACGCCUCAGCACACCAACGUCUGCUUCUGGUACCUCCCUCCUGGGAUCCGCUACAUGGAGGACAAAGAGGAGAGGAAGAAACACUUGCACAAGGUGGCUCCAGUGAUAAAGGCCAGGAUGAUGGAGUACGGAACAACCAUGGUCAGCUACCAACCACAAGGAGACAAGGUCAACUUUUUCCGCAUGGUGAUCUCAAAUCCCGCCGCUACCCUCGAGGACAUCGACUUUCUUAUUGAGGAGAUUGAGCGACUGGGCCAGGAUCUAUAAAACUCAUCUCCCCCUGCUGUACGUUUCCCCUUGACGGAUGAAUUGUUUGUCGUGAAUGUACUGGUAAACUUCUUCUUUUCUUCUUUCCUCCAAAGUUAAAUAUUUAAGAGUAUAUUUGAGAAAAAAGAUCUACAGAUAUAUCCAUAUAUUAUGUAUUGUAGCUUCGCCGUGGACUAACUUGGUCCAAAGCUAUGUAAAAGUGCUUCUGUCUGCCUUCCUAAAGUGUAAUAGAUCCAAGAGUAGUGUAAGUGAUGUAACUUUAUAUGUACUUUUUGUGAUAUGAAAUGCUCGUGCUAUAGGUCGAUGAGGAAAAGUUUUAUUUUUGAAUCAUUUCUCAUUUGCCAAGUAUGUUGUUAAGUGACAAAAGUGGUUGUGUUCUAUUUGUAACUUUACAUUUUAAACUUCUUGUUUAAAAUGAAAAAAAGCACUUCACCUUACCUCAGCGUAAUCAACUGCCUUUACAUCCGCACAUCGUACUCCAAAGUAGUAAUUUUGGAAAAUGUACUCAUGGCUGGUGGUGUAUAUCAGAACUCAUGUUAAUAAAUGCAGUAAAUAAUCUAGCCAAUAAGGGAUUUUUAAUCAGGUACAAAAGAAGGUAUUUCCCUUCAAAUCAAACAACUGCAAAGUCAAUUCAAAGCAUUUAUGAAGCUCAGACGUUCCAUCAUGCAUCACAUCGGCCUCUUUUGCUGCUUAUGACACUUUUAAUCUUCUUUCACGUGCUUCUUUCUGGUGUAUUUGAGGAGGUAACGGCUUUUUAAACCCAUUUUGUUUAAUGUCACUUUCAUAUCAAAAUGGGAAUAAUUUUCAACGUGGCUGUAUAUUUAACUGUGCUGGAUGUGCUUUACAUGUCGUUAUGAUGAUCUCAAAUUAUAAUAAUCAAGAGGUAACAUGAAGAUAUAAUCCUUCAGUGUAUUUUUUGUUUCAAAGCCCAUUUUCUUCAUAUUCAAUGGCCAACAUUGAUCUAGCCAGCCAAAGUAUCUGGACCUUUUUAAUUAUCUUAAAAUUGAUCUAAAAAAUAUUGGGGGAAUGUGUAUUUAAGACGCCGAACCACUCAGGUUUCUGAUCAAAUUGCAAUUGUACAAAGUAUAUUGCCAAUUUGUUUAUGGCACAAACAAAAUUAAGUCAUGGUGUUUUUUGUUUGGUACUGACAUGGUAGAGAAAUUCAUGCUGGAUUACCAACUGGGAAAAGUGGACCACUUCCAAAGGUGGAACCAAAGCCCUGAGUUCACUGCAUGUCAAAUGCUUUUGGUCAUUUAAUUAUAAAAAAACGUAAAUGUGUCCACUUAGCUACACUUAGCUUUGGCAUUAUAAGCGUUAGCUAAUAAGAUAACUAUCCCUAGAAAAUUAUCCCUAACGGCCCCUACACACGGCAGCGUGCGUUGUCGCUUGCCGGCCGGGGGGGUUGAAACUCGACCAACAACCAAU